UUUGUGUUUCAGGUUGGUUAUGGCUAUUUCCAGCCUUGUCUGGCCAUGCCUAUUUCAAUACAUGGGGACUGUGCCCAGGUUGGUUACCAGAUGCCAGAGAAAAACUAGGAGCAUAUGGAAUAGGACUGCCACUCUAUCCAGAAUCGAGAAGAAAGCCACACAACCAUUGAAGACACUUCUGCUCCUACCUUCUCUCCAGUGGAGCAUCAGCAACAUAGCGAAGAGAAAUCUGCACACCAGCCAGCUUCAUCUCCAGGAAGUAAUGCUCACGUGUGAACGAUAUGGGGUAGAGAGGCUGCCCUUUGCCCAUAUUUCUGAUUCUGAUUUAACUUUCUUUGAGCACCUUUUGCCUGGGAGAGUCAUUACUGAUGCAGAGGAACUCAAACCUUUCAAUGUGGACUGGCUAAAGUCUGUGAGAGGCUGCAGUACAGUACUGCUAAAGCCACGGACAACAAUGGAAGUAUCUCAGAUUCUCAAGUACUGCAAUGAGAAGAACUUGGCUGUGAAUCCUCAGGGAGGCAAUACUGGUCUUGUUGGUGGCAGUGUUCCUGUCUUUGAUGAGAUCAUUCUUUCUACAGGACUUAUGAACCAGAUCAUCAGUUUUGACCAUAUUUCUGGAAUCCUGAUUUCCCAGGCGGGCUGCAUUUUAGAGAACCUCAACCAAUAUUUGGAGCCAAAGGGCUUUGUCAUGCCUCUUGACCUUGGAGCCAAGGGCAGUUGCCAUAUUGGAGGAAAUAUAGCUACAAACGCAGGGGGCCUGCGCCUCCUAAGGUAUGGGUCCCUUCGAGGGACAGUUCUUGGAUUGGAAGUGGUGCUGGCUGAUGGCUCCAUCCUGAACUGUUUGGCAUCUCUGCGGAAAGACAAUACUGGCUAUGACUUGAAGCAGCUUUUCAUUGGCUCAGAGGGGACUUUGGGGAUGGUCACUGCGGUGUCCAUCAUUUGUCCACGGAAAUCAAAUGCUGUGAAUCUGGCAUUUCUUGCUUGCCCAAGUUUCUCUCAGGUCCUGAGAACCUUCAUAAUGUGCAAGGAUAUGCUGGGAGAAAUUCUGUCUGCUUAUGAGUUCAUGGACAAUGGAUGCAUGAAGUUGGUAGAGAGGCAUCUGAAACUGAGCAAUCCAGUAACAGAAAGUCCUUUUUAUGUGUUAAUUGAGACUUCAGGCUCCAAUUCUACUCACGAUGAGGAAAAACUCAGCCAUUUCCUGGAACAUGUAAUGGGCUCAGAUUUGGUGGUAGAUGGAACUCUGGCCUCAGAAGGAAAAAAGAUAAAGGCAUUAUGGGCUUUACGGGAACGGAUCACAGAAGCCCUGACAUGUGAUGGAGUUGUUUAUAAAUACGACAUUUCACUCCCUGUGGAAAAACUCUAUGAUCUUGUGACUGACAUGAAAGUACGGCUGGGUACAGCUGCUAAGAAUGUGGUUGGCUAUGGACAUCUAGGAGAUGGAAACCUGCACCUGAAUGUCACAGCAGAGUCAUACAGUCAUUCUCUCCUGGAUGCCAUUGAGCCAUAUGUGUAUGAAUGGGUUUCACAAUAUUAUGGAAGCAUCAGUGCCGAGCAUGGCCUGGGUUUCAAGAAGAAACAUUACAUCCACUACAGUAAGCCAAAAGAGGCCAUUCUUCUCAUGCAGCAGUUCAAGGUUAUGUUAGAUCCUAAAGGAAUUUUAAACCCUUAUAAAACAUUACCGUCAAAGGCUGAAUAAUGAUUCUUUUGGAAGUUUUAAUCGAUUGCUUGAAGUAUGGCAUAGAAAGUCUUUUUGUAAAUAAACUCUGAAGCCAGAGCCAGUUUGAACUGAACUGAAUUGAACUGGAUUCAUUUCCCAGUAUUAUCUACCACAGUUUUAUUUUUUGGGUUCUGAAUGAAAACAUUGGCAGCUUCAGAAAUACUAUUUCCUAUGGAUCCUCUCCUCUUGUCUUCAAGGGCUGUUUCUUGAAAACAAACCGGAAUAAGAGAACUGUAGGCCUUCAGUUCAACCACAGCUCUGUCCUGUCUCAAUAUGAUAUAGAGAAGUAGGGGUCAUGUAGUACAAUAGCAUUCAGAAGGUCCAAAUUAUCCAUCCCAUGGUUUUUUAAUGGCAUAAAUGCUGUAAAAAUUAAACAAAAUUUUAUCCCUUUGUAAAACAAUCCAGUAUGAAUGUUCAUUUAUAUCCUGAUAUCACAAACAUCUAUACGACAUUUUCUUCCUUGUUUUCAAAUAGUUUGAUUCAGUACACAAAGCUUCAAACAUUUUAUAUACGGAGUCUAAAUCAUGCAGAAGCUAACAGGAAAAGCCCACUGCCUGAUUAGUAGAACACAUUAAACACAGACAUAGAACAUGUUAAUGUAACUAAUGUAUGUGUUAAAUAAUAAAUAAAUAGAGCAAAUAAAA